AUGCUGCCUGAAUACAGUGCUACCAUAGAGAUCACAGAAAAUGUAGAUCCCAAGAGUGCUGGGCAAAUGAAAGCACCAGAGGGAUUUUAUAUUAUGUCCCAGUUCCACAUUGCUGAGCUGGCAAGAAGGGGCACUGUCAAAAAAGUUCCCGGAUCAUCUCCCCAGCAUGUUGCUUAUCAGAUAGGCCCAGCAUUCAACUUCAGAAUCAACACAAGAUCAGCAUAUCCCCUGGGACUUCCGGAGGAGUUUGCAUUUGUGGCCGUGCUGCGCAUGAGUGCCAGCACCAUAAACAAAAACUGGAAUAUCUGGCAAAUGCAGGAUAUGAAUGGCAACGAGCAGCUGGCCGUCAGACUCAACGGGGAGUCUAAGUCUCUGGAGUUUACCUUCACAGCGCUGGACACCGGGAGGCAGACUGUUGUGUUCAGCCACCUGGCUUUUCUCUUCAAUGAUCGAUGGCACAGAGUCCUCCUGGACGUCAGCAGGCGCUCUGUCACUCUUUUCGUGGACUGUGUCAUGAUCGGUUCUCAGAGCAUAUCACUCCGGCAGAAAGUCAGUCUGGAUGGGUUCACGUUGAUAGGAAAACUCAAGGACAACCCAGUGAUGGCAAUCCCGUUUGAACUUCAGUCAAUGCUGAUUCACUGUGAUGUGACGCGAGCCAGGGCGGAACCUUGUUAUGACCUCCCAGCCAGGACAUCGAUCAUGGCUCGGGCCCCCAGUGUUAGAGGGCCACUUCUGCUCCUGCUCCUGCAGCUUGUCCUUAUUUGCUCCGCUCAAAGGAGUGAUGGACCUCCUGGCCCUCCUGGACCUGCAGGUGUCCCAGGAAUUGAUGGCAUUGCUGGGGAAAGAGGAGCAGAUGGCGAGGAUGGUCCUCCUGGACCUGAUGGAGAUGCAGGUAAACCCGGCUCUUCAGGAUUACCUGGAAUUCCUGGGAACGAUGGUUUGACCGGCCCUAUUGGAGAUCCUGGGCCUGACGGACCCCCCGGACAGAAAGGUGAACCUGGAAAACCUGGACCUCGUGGGGCAGCUGGUGUUGGGCCAGAUGGACCCCCCGGACCACCCGGGCCUGUAGGACUUCUGGGUGAAGUGGGAAAAGUUGGACCACCUGGGGCCAUGGGUGUGAGAGGGCCACAAGGACCUCGUGGACCAACAGGGCCCAGAGGUGCAGCUGGGAUGCAAGGCAGUGCCGACCUGUGUCCAAACUCUUGUCCACCGGGGACCUCUGGACACCCCGGUCUUCCUGGCAUGAAGGGCCACAAAGGUGUAAAAGGGGAAGCUGGAGAACCGGGGAAACAAGGGCAUAAGGGUGAGGAGGGAGACCAGGGAAGUCCAGGGGAGGUUGGAUCCCAAGGACCAGUGGGCCCUCAGGGAAUUCGUGGAGCCAUGGGAAUGAUGGGCACCAAGGGAGAAAUGGGACCUCGAGGUCUUGAUGGAGAUCCAGGUCCGCAGGGUGUCGCGGGGGCAGCUGGAGAUCAAGGCCAGAGAGGUGCGAUGGGCGAGCUUGGUCCUAAAGGCGAAACGGGCGUUCAAGGGCCAAGAGGAAUCACAGGCCUGCCAGGUCCCAAGGGGGAGGCUGGUUUACCAGGUGUGGAUGGUCGCGAGGGUAUUCCUGGGAUGCCGGGUGCAAAGGGAGACAUUGGGAAGCCAGGCGUUCCUGGAGAGGUUGGACUUCAGGGGCUUCCUGGUUUGCCUGGUGCACCUGGACCAAAAGGCUUGAGUGGCCCUAAGGGAGACGCUGGUCAAGCAGGCCUCCCUGGAACAAUGGGACCUGCUGGCAAAACAGGUGAGCGCGGAGAGCAAGGAGAGGUGGGACCUGCUGGACCCAUUGGUGAGCCUGGAGAUAUAGGAGAGCAAGGCCCUGUAGGUCCAGCUGGCAAGCCAGGUGCCAGGGGACCCAAAGGUGACCCUGGCCUCCCUGGUCUCCCUGGUCCUCCUGGCCUUCCUGGGGUAAAAGGAGAGCGGGGAGAACGUGGAGAAACAGGACCCAAAGGAGAGCAGGGAGUACAAGGUGAUGAGGGAAACCCUGGCGACAAAGGAGAAGUUGGCGAAUCAGGAGAAGCUGGAUCUAAAGGAGAGGUCGGUAACCCCGGCGAACCUGGCAGAAGAGGUCCUGAGGGAAGUCGAGGGCAGCCUGGCAUUGAGGGGCCUUCUGGGACACCUGGACCACGGGGCAUGCAAGGGAACAGGGGUCUACCUGGAGUCAGAGGAUCCCAGGGACCUCCGGGUAAAGAACCAAGUGAUCAGCACAUCAAACAAGUUUGCAUGCGAGUCAUGCAAGAACAGCUGGCCCAGUUAGCAGCUAGUUUAAGGAGGCCAGAGUCUGGCGUAGCUGGUUUACCUGGAAAACCCGGACCUCCAGGGCCUCCUGGGGCUCCAGGAGACAAUGGCUUCCCAGGGCAGGCUGGAGUGAGAGGCCUUCCGGGACUCAAAGGGCCGCCAGGCCCUCUUGGAGUGAAAGGACCUAAAGGUGAAAUGGGAGACAAAGGCUCCAGAGGGCCCACUGCACGAGGACCUAAAGGUCAGCCAGGACCUCCUGGACUUCCUGGUGAGCCUGGCAAACCUGGCUACGGAAAGGAUGGUCAGGACGGGCAGAGGGGACCUCCUGGCGUUCCUGGACAGCCCGGUGUGCCUGGGCCUCCCGGCGCAGCUGGUCCUAAUGGUUACUGUGACCCGUCAGCCUGCAACCUCCAGGCAGGGGCCGCCCACCAGUCUCUGGAUGUAAAGGGACCUGCAGGGAACUAA